UUUGUUUUUGAAGUGUUGGUUGUUUACUUUUUUGUUUUUUCGUUUCAAAAGCUUGGGCUGUCCGGCGAGAUGAAGCGAAGCGCCAUCGUGCUCGAUGACGAUGAUGAUGAGGCUGAUAGCAUUGCCAUUGCUGGUGAAGGUGGUGCAGGGCGAACCGAUUCUUCAACACCGCAGAAACAGAAAACGGCUCAGGAAGCUCAGGGGAAAUCGGCUCAGGACGCUCGAAGACUGCGGUUGACAGACGAUGCUGCGAUUCCUUCGAACGAAGAAAAGUGGUCACUCCCUGAGCUUGCUAGGAUAACAUCAACUCUGCCAGUUGACGUCGAUCUCACGGCUGACGAUGAAGAAGUCAAACACGAUCAAACCAGUCUCGCUCCACCACCACCGGCGUUGGAACCUGCAUCGACCCUUGUCAUGCACAAUACUGACCAGUUUGACCACCAGUUACACUCUGCCGCAAGUGCCAUCUCGCACACUCCUUCAAGUACCCGCUUCCGCGGUCUUUUGCUUUCCUCUCGCAGUCCUUCAAGUGUCGGUUCCCAUCGACAGUUUGCAGUACCGUUUGGUCAACCCGCCGAUCGCCCGCAGAAAGCACAAUCUCUUUCAUUUUCAACGCCAGGGUCAAGCAUAGCCUCGAUGACACCAGCCAAAAUGUGGACCCUGCUCAAUUCCAUUAGUUUACCCGCUCGCACCGCCCCACUUCCUCCCCCUUCAUUGCCACCACAAUCAUCGGCGUUUCAGUUCCAUGCUGCCACAUUCUCCACCAGCGCCACCCCCGGCCAGGCCAAAACCCCAAAGACUCCCCGUACCAAAAAGGUCGCCGCAUCGGCAAGUGGCACCCAAGCUGACUUGCCGUCUGCGCUUGCGCCGCCCCAACCCCAACAGCAAACGAAUACCGUGGCAGGCGAAGUUGUCGGAGCUCUUCCAACAGCAACUACACCAGUGCCUAUCAAGCGCGCGGCUACUAUGGCGGUCUCCACAUCGGAAGCAGAGAAAGCGGCAAGAUUGGCUCGGCGCGCAACCAUUCGAGAUGCUGAAAAUACGGCAGCACUGCAGGCCAUGGUGAGACGCCAAGAACAGCCAAUCACGCCUUCGAGCCCACUGAGAAUUCUCGACUCUACCAGCUCGCAUGAGGAGUACGAAGCAUCGCAACAGUUCCGACGAAGUACACUCCUGAACUCUAAAACGCACUGGAUUAUUUUCUCGGACCUUCAUGUUCGCACGAGCACCCUGGAUGUCUGUCGUCGGGUACUGCAGUUUGUGCAUCAAAAGGCCGUCAAACACAAUGCUGGAGUAUUGUUUCUGGGAGAUUUCUGGGACACUGUCCAUUCAACUGGUUCACUCAACGUGCAACUGCUCGAGCAAGUGACACAAAUGAUGCGGAGCGUUUGGUCGCCAGAAACGCCGCUGGUGAUGAUCCCCGGCAACCACGAUCAGAGCAACGUGGACGGACUGCGGCAUGGAUUGCACGCAUUGGAAACAGUCUUUCCAUUUGUGGCCGUCUUUUCACAUCCCAUCAUUUUGCGUGGUGCUCUCUGGAUGCCCUACCGACGCAACGAGGAGGUGCUUCUCGAGCAUUUGCGGGCUGCAGUGUCCAAUCCUCAGGUCUCGACCAUCUUUUGCCAUGCUGAUCUGAAGGGCGCGUUCAUGUCUGGCAAAACCAUGCCCUCGAUGUUCGGAAUUGAUCCCAAGCAGCUUGACUUGGAUCGGACGCAGUCCUACGAUGCCACGCAUUCGCCAGUCAUGCUCUAUUCCGGCCACUACCAUUGUCCAGCAUUCCACCCGACCAACUCGCAGAUCAUGUACAUUGGCUCACCGUACCAGGUUUCAGCCUCCGAGGCCCAUCAAGUGAAGCGGUUGGUUCAUCUCAAAAUAGAAGAUGCUGUUUCUUCUGGCCAAGCCAUUCGCUGGGUCAACCAAGGCGACAUUCUCAUUCCCGAGGACAUCGCGCCCCGCAACUUUCAAGUCUUCUCCACCGCAGACCUGGCCCCGAUUCAAAAGCUGAUCGAAGACGGCCAUAUUCGCGCUGGCGAUCGCAUUCAUGGGCACUUGUCUGAGAUGGAGUUUGCCGUCGCCAAUGGCGAGCAGUUGCGCAGAGAAUGGACCGACAAGGGGCUGCGUGUGACCAUUCGUGUGACGCGGGAUGCUACCCUCGCGAGCGAUUCCAAUGUUGCCCAGAGCGUCAAGCACGAACUUUCGCCACGCGAGUCGCUCCUUCAGUUUCUAGAGCAGCGCUCUUAUUACUCGAAAAGCGUCGGGUUGAAAGCGAUGGCGAUGCUCGAUCAAGCCAUUUCUGUGCAGUCCGAAACGACCGAGCUUGAGCACAAGGAGAUUGACUUUGAAAAAGUGACCUUCUCGGGAUUUGGUCCGUUUCGAUCCACUACGGUUCUCGAAUUAUCCGAUCGCGGGCUUGUCGUCGUCGUGGGAAGCAACCAGGACGACGCCGAGCAUGCACGCUCCAACGGUGCAGGAAAGUCCAUGCUGUUGGGCGUGCCAUUCUGGGUCUUGUUUGGCACGGACACUCAAGGCCGCACAAGCCAAGCUCUGCUCAACAAGAACACAACCAAAGAUGCAGGAGAACCCGAAAGCACCAAAAUAGCAGGGUCACUGGAGGGCACCAUCAACCGGCAGAAGUUCACGUUGACGCGCACUUCUUCCGUCGCCUCCAAGUUCAAGGACACGAUGACUCUGAAAAUUGGAGACGAAGCCCCAAAGUCUGCAACCCAAGAGCUGAUCAACCAGCUGUUUUGCAAUGUUGCUGCAGAUACAGGUCGCAAGGCUGUCGGUCCAGCGCAAAUGUUCCUUCUCAACACUGUCUUUCACACCGCCGCAAGCAGCAAGCAAGUCGAUGUCUUUGAGCAAUCGGCUGCCGAGCGUUCAUCGAUGCUUCAGUCGUUGUUCGAUCUUGGGGUCUGGGUCAAGGCGCACGACUUUGCGAAAAGUCAGCUCGAUCACGUCAAGGCCGAAUGCUCCGUGGCACAAAAAUCCGAAACCACGUUGACCGAACGGCUUUCUACCUCCAAGCAGUUCACACAAGCCUUUGAGCACGAUAACGCUGCAGCACAAGCCAAGUUAUCCAAGGCCGUGAAUGCGCAGGCACAACUCGAAACGUCUUUGUUGCAACUUCCUCCGCUGGAUGCCGCCAAGAUUGCUGUUUUGAAGCAAGCAAGGAACGAGAUGAUGGCUUGCCAACGACAGUGCGUCCUGAUCGAUACCAGAAUUGCCGCCAUUCACGAGACUUUUGACAGUCUUGCCGCUGCAGUCAAAGCUGCAAAGCAGGCCCACGAUCCGACGUCCUCGACGAUGAAGCCAACUUUGUUGUUUUGGAAUGACGACAGUCAUCAGUCAUCGCUGCAGAGUGCGCUUGAGGAUCUUCGUCGAAGCAAGUUUCGCCUCGAUGGUGACCGACCGAUGGUACCGUCCACUGGCACCAGUCUGAGUGCAGUGGCACUCGAGAGCGAUGCAUACGAGAGGCAAUUUGCAUCCCUGUUUCCCGGUUCGGCCAAAGUCAAGCAGCAAAAACAGGAGCGUGCUCGGAAACAAAAGGGUUUGAGUGUCAGCGGAGUCCGUUGCCUGUUGGCCGACCUGAUCGAGUGUGAGUCGGACGUCAUUGCGGAAGCGCUGGGCUUUGCCCUCUCGGCCGACCUCUCUGCCGUGAUCUGUGACGACAAAGCGGUUGCCUUGCGCCUCGUUGACGAGCUCGGGCGCGAUGGCAAGGGUAUGAGCUUCAUCUGUCUCUCCGACAACGACUCCUCGUCCCCUUGCUCUUCGGCUGACAAGCUGCUUCCCGAUGCUCUCAAAGAAUUGACCAUCCCCUACAAAUUGCAUUCGCGGCUGGAGGCGGCCGAUUUCUUGCCAGAAUUUGCAGCCGCGCGGCAGUUGAUGGCCCGUGUGCUCGUUUUCCCCAACCUGGACCAGAUGCGUCGUUUUGUUGCGCGUGGCGAGAGUGACGCCGUGGACCUGAGCUCGUACACCCUCGUGUCCGUCGAUGGUUGGAAGGUGACACCUUCUGGCGUCCUCGUUCAUGGGCGCAGUUUGCUUCCAGUGCGCGUUCAAGCUCUCUCCCACACGGAGGAUGCCCCAACAAGCGAGGUGACGGAGCUAGAUGGAGCGUUUGUCGCGCAGAAGCGAAGCGAGUACAACUCAUGGCUUGCAGAGAGCGAGCGACUCGAGCUGCAGAUUCAGCGGCUGUCGUCCGUCAUCCAACACUUUGAGGCGCUGGCGAACGAGUUUGCGCGGUGCAGCGACCUCGACAACAGCGACCUGCCAGCCAUCUCUGCUGCAACGAACUGGAUACCCAGCUUUUCGGGCACGGUCGAUGCGUUUGAAAAACAAUGCGCCGCGUCAAGACGAAAGCUCCGCUCUCACUGGGAAGAAACGGUUGGAGAACUGCCGGCGGCGAAUGCGGUCGCCUCGAAGUCUCCCGAGGAUUUUGCCAGUCUGCGACAACAGAUGUACAAUCACGUGACAGCAAUUCUUUCAUCCACGGUGACAUCCGAAACCAUGCAACGAGAGCUGGAUCGAGCCAAGGCUGAGGUCUUGAUGCUGACAAAGGACGCCGAGGAGCGAAGUCGCCGCCUUGCUGAUCAUACACACGCCGUGACCAAGCUCGCGCAAGACCUUGAGGCGUUGACUCUGAAUCUCUCCUCCUUGAAGGCCUCAAUUUCAGAGUGGGAGCAGGUCGGAGGUUCCGAUGGCAUUUUGUCGAAACGUAAAAUCGUGCCGUUCGUCUUUGAAGCCAUGAUUCGACGAUUGCAAGUCUUCCUUGACGCCUACAUGGCAGCGCUCGCAGGUCGUCAUGUCCGUGCAAUCUUUCAUAUUACGACCAACGAGAGCAGAAGCGCGCUUCCGGAUGUCGUUGUUCGCUUAUCGAUUGGUGGGACGGACUUUCAGCAGCACAAGUCGCUUGCUCAGAGUGCUCUCAGCAGCGGACAGCGACAACGGUUUGAGCUUGCGCUGCGGCUGGCCAAGGCAGAUUUACUCAGCGAGCGCCACCGUGUGCGGUUUAACGUCAUGUUUUUUGACGAGAUUUUCAACUUCCUCGAUGAUGUCGGCCAAAAGCACAUUUUGGAACUCCUCCCCCGUCUUCUUAAGCCAGAGCUUGCGCACCGCUAUGUCGACCAUGGAGGAGAUGUGUCCAUGUCACUCGAUCAGCAUGCAGUCCUCGACGGUCACACGCAGAUUUCGAGCAUCUUUGUGAUUUCCCACUUGAGCUCAAUGGCCACGCCAUGGGAGCAAGAAUGUGUUCGUCUCCAAAACGGCCAGGCCUCGUUGAGCGGUUGACUUGACGCAAUGACGAGCGUGCGUUUUGUUUUUGUGUCAACAACAAACAAGUUCUUAGACAAGAAGGAUGACGUGCACAUGUACCUUCCAAGAAACUCCACUGAAAUCAAAAAAAG